GAGACCGAGCCUGGAGCCAACAGUUUUUUGCUUACCACACCUUGUGAUACGUCUGCAUCAUCAUCAUGGUCAAGGUCGAAAUUGUCGAUGAACGCGAGUCCAACUCUCCAUAUGGCUCACAAGCCUCCUCCCGGAACUCGUCACAGACUUCCCUUUCUUCGGUCUCCUCCGAACUAGAACCAGAAUCCGUCUUCGAGCGCAUCUCCGCCCUUGUCGACAUUGUCCCUCCCACCACCCGGCAUGCCAUCACUGAGCGAGUCUCGAAGACAGCCUCCUUCGUGAAAUGGGGCACCAAACGCGUCGGAAAUCUCGUGUGGAUUGUUACCACAUCUGCGCUACUCGUCGCACUGCCUCUGGCCCUUGUUCUCGAAGAUGAAGCAAAAAUAGUCGCCCAAGAGCGCGAACUGAUGGAACAGCAGCAAGGACAAGCACAGAUGCUUGGAUCCUCGGCUUAUCCGCCACCGAACCAACCCAAAGGCUUGGUGCCGCCUGGUUUCUAAGCCAUGGGGCAUGUGCUCCCACCCACCGUUU